CGUUGAACAAAAAAAAAUCAAUUCACACAAGGGUCAAAUAUGUCUACUCGAACAAAAAUACAAAUAGUGGAGUGCAUUUAACAAUAAUGGAGUGCAUUUAUCAAUUCCCAAAGAAUAGUCUUCUUUCUAAAUGUCUUGGGCCGGUGAAUUAGUGGGCCAUUUGUAAAGCCCAAAUAUAAUUCUUUCUCCAAUUACUACGACGCCCUAUCGUCUUUCUCAUCUUCUCCCAUUCGAUAGUUCGCCGUUCUUCCCCGUCCACCCAGUUCUCGGCCUCCAUUCCAUCCGUCCAUCAGCAACAUCUCUGCCACUUCCUUGAACUAAUAUUUUUAGCCGGAAGAAUCAACAUUCCGUUGCAGUCUUGUAAUUGAAUUGACGAAAUCAAUUUGUGGUAAUCGUCACAGCUCGGAAGGGAAGAUGAGGCCGAUAUUGAUGAAAGGGCAUGAGAGGCCGUUGACUUUCCUCAAGUACAACCGGGAGGGUGAUCUACUAUUCUCUUGUGCCAAGGACCACAAUCCCACUGUUUGGUUUGCUGACAACGGCGAGCGCCUUGGAACUUACCGAGGCCAUAAUGGUGCUGUUUGGACGUGUGAUGUCUCCCGGGAUUCAAGUAGACUUAUUACUGGAAGUGCUGACCAGACUGUAAAGCUAUGGAAUGUUAAGACCGGCAGUGUCCUGUUCACAUUCCAAUUGGACUCAACAUGUAGGUCUGUUGAGUUCUCAGUUGGUGAUAAGCUUGCAGUAGUUACCACUGACCAUUUCAUUGAGCUUCCUUCUGCUAUACACGUAAAGAGAAUAGCUACAGAUCCUGAUGAACAAUCUGGUGAAUCUGUGCUCACCAUUAAGGGGCCCGUGGGAAGGAUCAAUAGGGCUGUUUGGGGGCCAUUGAAUAAGACUAUUAUUAGUGGCGGUGAAGACUCUGUUCUUCGUAUUUGGGAUGCUGAGACAGGAAAACUACUUAAAGAGUCUGAUGAGAAAACUGGUCACACAAAGGGGAUUACCUCUCUAGUAAAAUCUGUAGAUGGGUCACACUUCAUAACUGGUUCAUUAGACAAAUCAGCAAAGCUUUGGGACAUCAGAACCUUGUCACUUCUCAAAACAUAUGUGAGUGAACGCCCAGUGAAUGCUGUUGCCAUGUCACCACUCCUGGAUCAUAUUGUGCUUGGAGGUGGUCAAGAUGCAGUAAAUGUGACAUUAACUGAUCAUCGGGCUGGGAAGUUUGAGGCUAAAUUCUAUGAUAAGAUUCUUCAGGAAGAGAUUGGCGGUGUCAAAGGGCACUUUGGACCAAUUAAUGCGUUGGCAUUCAACCCUGAUGGGAAAAGUUUUGCAAGUGGCGGUGAAGAUGGGUACGUGAGAUUGCAUCAUUUCGACGCCGAUUACUUCCACAUCAAGAUUUAAGUUUCGUUCCCACAACUCGUCGAAUUGCAGAACACUCCCCAGAUUUUGAUGACUUCUUUGGUUCUCACUUUUACCAGCUUUUGAUCACUUUUUUUAUGGUUUAUUUUGGUUUGAAAGAUCUUGUAGAGAGGUGAACUGUGUUUGGUGGGUUUUCUCCCUACUGAAAAAUUUAAUGUAAUGUGUAAAAUUAUUCCUGAAAUUCCAUUAAUAACUUGAAUUCAGUGGG